CUGCUUUCAACAUCACCUCCUUCAUACUGUCUGAAAUAGAAGCCAGAUAACUUUGCAGCUUCAAAGCAAAGUUGACCCCAGAGGAUUUGUCACAGUUCAAGGUUGCUCUCCAUGACAGUAACACAAUGGACUGGAUACUUUUUGCAACUCCUAUCUGGUUGGUAUUAGAAGCUGCACUUUGUUUCAAUGUCGAUCCUGUGGCUUGGAAGUCCCUGAGUUCAGGAGAUGCAGGUUUUGGCCACCAGAUGGUGCUAAGGCAAUCAGAUUUGCUUGUUGGUGCGCCUCUUCAACAAAACUUGAGAAAUCGAAGAGGAAGAAUAUUGAAAUGCUCCAAAGAACAAUGCGUAACUGAAAACAUUUCAGAUGGAAUGUUGGCAGUGAACAUGUCCCUCGGUUUGACAAUGACAAGUGAUCCGUCUACACAGAACACUUUGGUGUGUGGCCCAACCAUUCCCACUGCAUGCAAACAUAUUACCAUGUAUAAUGGCGUGUGCAUUGAGUUGGACAGAUACAACCGAGUGACACGCCGUUUACCAUCUGUUCUUCCGCAAUGUAAAAAAGCAAACAUUGCAUUUCUAUUGGAUGGCUCAGGAAGUGUUUCCAGGACAGACUUUACUAAAAUGAAGGAAUUUGUGACAAAUCUCAUCAGUUCACUUCAACAAGAAGAUGCAAAGUUUGCAGUUGCCCAGUUUUCUAGAGGAUAUGAAACCUACUUUGACUUCAAUACAUAUUCCCCCUAUAACUGGAAGACAAAAGUAAAUGAAAUAAAGCAGCUGGGGGGCAUAACAAAUACAGCUGGAGCCAUCAAGAAUAUUGUGCGUGGAGUUUUCUCUGGUACUUUUCCAUCAAAUGCAGAUACAAUUUUGAUAGUUAUUACUGAUGGAGAAUCGUCUGACUCUGGACAGUUGCCAUCAGCAAUAAACGAAGCUCAGUCAGCCAAUAUUGUUCGAUAUGCUAUUGGGGUGGGCAGUGCAUUCACCUCCUCUAGAGGAAAAAGGGAGCUUGACUUGAUUGCAUCUUACCCACCACAAAAGCAUGUGUUUCAAGUAGAGAGCUUUCAGGCACUUGAGAACAUAAGAACAACUUUACAAUCACAGAUUUUUCCUAUUGAAGGAUCUCAGAUUGGUGGAAACACACUGAAAAUGGAAAUGUCCCAGGAGGGCUUUAGUGCUGCCUACGGGCCUAUGGGAAUUCAGAUGGGAAUCGUUGGUGCCAACCAGUGGAAGGGAGGCUAUAAAAGAUACAGCAACAGAGCAAGUGUGUCCUAUGAGUCUGAGAAAAUGGAGCCUGACAGUUAUCUUGGUUACUCCAUGGCGGUUGCUACGACUACUAGAGGUGCACUGACAAUUUUGGGGGGUCCAAGAUAUCAGCACAGAGGAGCUGUAGAGGUGGUUUCUGGGGACACAUUUAAACAAGUAAUCAACCCCAGCACACUACAGGCUGGGGAAUAUUUUGGCGCAGUGCUUUGUGCCAUGGAUGUGGAUAAUGACAGCUUCUCUGAUCUGAUCCUCAUAUCUUCUCCGAUGUAUAAAGAGGCUGACAGAGAAGGACGAGUCUAUGUCUGCACAAUAGUGCUGUUGAACAUUGAGUGUUCCUUUGAAAGACCAUCCUCACAAACCAUAUUAAGAGGACAUCCAACAACCAAGGGACGGUUUGGAUCUUCUCUCGCUGUUCUGCCUGAUCUGAACAUGGAUACAUUUAAUGAUCUAGCAGUUGGAGCACCUUUAGAGGAUGAUGGUCAAGGCAGUAUUUACAUAUUCCACGGUGAACGGGACAAAAGUAUCAAUCCUACCUAUUCACAGAGAAUCUCUGCUUCUGAAGUGCAGUCAGGACUGAAGUUCUUUGGCGUCUCCUUCACUCAGUGGUCUUCUGAUCAGAGUGGUGACAGACUGCCUGACUUAGUAGUGGGUUCACAGGGCACAGUAGUUUUUCUCAGGUCCAGGCCUAUAGUGACUGUGGAACCCUCUGUUACCUUCGACCCAAUGAAAAUUUCAACACAGGAUGAAAACUGCUCAAAAGAUCUGAAAUCCACAGCCAGAGUCUGCUUCAUCAUGAAAACACGAACUCCUGUUGACACAGCCAAAGCAAAAAUUACAUACACUUUAACACUGGAUGCCACCCGAAAGUUACCAAACAGCCGAGCUUACAUUGCUGAGAAACAACGACAUCAGACUAGCUCACUUGAUGUUGGCUUGGGAAAAACUGAGUGCCACUCCAUUGAAUUUUUCAUUCAGGCUUGUCCAGAAGAUGCUCUGAAUCCACUUAAAAACGAGCUCAGUUUUAAAUUUGAAGGUUUGCCUUCCAGCACAAAUCUUAGACCAAGUCUUGGUCAUCAAUCUAUGACAACCUUUCACCCGAUGGAGUUUGAGAUCAACUGUGGCGCUGAUCAGACAUGUAUGGAUAACCUGAAAGUGGAUUUCAACUUCAGCAGCUCUGCGUUGGUUAAAGUGGGCAUCGAUGAACUUGUGAAUGUAACCGUAUCACUGGAGAACAGAGAGGAAAACUCCUACAACAGCCAUGUUACUCUCACAUACCCAGCUGGAAUCUCCUACAGGAAGUUCACCAUCAUUAAGGGGAGAAUUGAAUGCAACUCUUCAGACAGUGAGGAUGGUAAAAGUCGGGGAAACACAGUCUGCACGGUUGAUAAACCAAUUUUCAAAAGCAAAUUUAAGGCUAUUUUUAUAGUUUUCUAUGGGAUUGAAACCAACAGUCAAGUUGGCAGACAGAUCUCCAUCACUGCUAAUGCCACCAGUGGGAAUCAGCAGCACUCCUCUUUGAGUGAACUCUACAAGAAAAAGGAGAUUGAUGUGAAGUACAGCAUUCUGGUUACAAUCGAGGGGUCCCACAUCUACAGGAACUUCUCUUUUGGAAAAGAUUUGAAGAAACCAUUCCAACAAUCAGCAGAGGUUACAAACAAUUUCAGGGCAUUAAAUCUGACUGUUGUGAUCGAGGUUCCUAUAAAACUCGGAGACAAAUACAUUUGGGGAGAUGGGGAAACUCUGCAGAUUCCAGAUUGUCAAAGUGUCAAAGACGAAACACCGACCAUCACUGACUUUAUUGAUCAAGUAAAGAAGACCAAAAUAGUGGACUGCUCUGUAGCCACGUGCAGGACAUUCAAGUGCAGAAGGUUCAUGGAGAAGCAGGAGAAAAUAACACAUACCAUCUCUGCCAAUCUGACUUCAGGGUGGAUAGAACAGAUUGGACUUUCUUCCUCCAGAUUCCUCCUGAUCAGCACAGUCAGUCUUGAAUACGACCAAGAUCAGUACAUCUUUUUCUCCACAACUUCCACCCACAAGCCUCCUGUUCGCAAGCUUGAAGCAGAAGUGGAGAUUUACUCUGAGCCAGAUUUCACUAAAGAGAUUGUUGGAGGAUCUCUGGGAGGGUUGGCAUUUGUGGCCUUGGUUACUGCUGGGCUUUAUAAGGCUGGAUUCUUUAAGAGCAAAUACAGUCAAAUGAUUAAUGAAAAUGCAAAUGCAGCGGAUCCAGAUGCAGAUCCAGAUACAGGAGCCCCCCCAGAGGCCUAAAUCCCAUUCGUCUCAUCUGCUCUGCAUGUCAACACCCCUUGAGCUUUGUAUUAAUGCUUUAAUGUUUUUGAGCAAACUUUGCUAAAUAUUUUUUUAAUGUAUUUUUUUUCUUCAAAGGAUGUAUCUUUGCUGCAAGUUUGUUUUUCUUUAUGAAAUAAGUGUUGUGUCCUUCUAGCCACACCUUAAAUUCAUUAUCUUAGCUUGCAAUGGAAUGUGCCUACAAUGAGUAAAUCGUUAAAUAAUAUAUAUUUAAUGAUGCUCCUAUUUUCAAGACGCCCAGAAAUGCCAGGGGGUUUACAAGUCUACAAGUUAGACGGAUAACCUAUGUCUAACUUGUCCUUCACCACAGCCAUGAGCCUGUGGUGAAGGACCGAAAUGCAGGUGAACCGGGCUUAAGAGCUGCAUCUUACAGCUUUUAUGAAUAAACCCAAAGCAUGACAAAACCAUGAACUAAGGGAGCAACAACAAGGACAAUAACAACUGAGGACCUGAAAAGGUUGCACUUGAAAUCAGGUAAGACUGGAAAGAGGGUAAAACCACAUGAAAAACAGGACAUGUACAGAAAAUAAAAGACCUAACAAACCAAACCUCAUAACGAUGCAGAAAAAGUCCUGCCUUCGAUAUUAUGAAUGUCCAUUCUAGUGAGGUUGAGGUUCAAGGCUGGUGAGCCACUGAUGUUAUCAGUCAGAUUUACAAACAUGUGAACCCCCAAAGAGUAACACAUUCACCAUUUGAUUGGCACCAGUGAAAAAGUGUUGUAUAAAAUUUAGUUCCAACAUUUUUCUUCUGUGUACAAACUGUAGUACAGAAAAAAAAUCCCCAAAAGUAUUAUUUUUGACUUACUUUCACUUAUAAAUGAAGUCCAUGCACCCGCUCCUUCUGAAGAAACACAUGGAUAACCUGUUUGUAGAAGUGUAGAACUGUUUUAAAAGUCUCUCUGUCUCAAUGCAGAUCACUCUCAGUGACGUGUCUCCACAAAUACCUGAGUUUAGACACAUAAUCCUCCAGAAAAUGACGCUAAACAAUGUUAAAGAACAAUUGGACGGCUUCACUUGACUUGCUACCACUAAUUCUACUAUUCUUCAGCUGCGGUGUCACACACACACACAUAUCUUAUAAACAAUUUUAGCAGAUAAAAAAGACUAAAUGGGUCUCAAACUGGCACCUAUGUAACAGACAGUUGACCAGAAAAAAAAAAUGAAAGUCAAUAAAAAAAGAGUGUCUUUUAUGAUCU